AUGAUGGUAGAAAGUAUACCUUAUGGUUUUCAAAUGAUUUUGCUAGGUUGUGGUGGUACACCUCAAUAUCUCAAUCGUCUACUGGCUAAACAUGCUAAUGAAUUUCGACGUGUUGAAAUCAUGAGCAUUCUUCCUCUUGAUAAUACAUUUACCGAUCCAAAAUUAAAGGAUAGCUUUUUUGUUAAUAGUCUUUUUGCAUCGGCUUUCGUUCGACCAUGUAUUGCUAAUGGUACAGCAUCGUAUAUUCCAGCUUUUCUUAGCGAAAUGCCUCGUCUUUUCGAUCAAAAUAUUCUUCCACUUGAUGUUGUUCUCAUACAAGUAUCACCACCUGAUAAACAUGGUUAUUGUUCACUUGGUGUUUCGGUUGAAGCAACAAGAGCUGCUUUACGAAAUGGGAAAAAAAUUUUUGCUCAAAUAAAUCGAAAUAUGCCACGUGUACAUGGUGAUACAUUUGUACAUAUAAAUAAAAUCGAUGCUUAUGUUGAACAUGAUGAACCAUUAAUUGAAGUAGAUUAUUCAAAAGAAAUUUCUGAUGCCGAAAGAACAAUUGGAAAACGAGUAGCUGAAUUAAUUGAUAAUGGAAGUACACUUCAAUUGGGUAUUGGCACAAUUCCAGAUUGUGUAUUAAAAUCUCUUGAAGAUCAUAAAGAUUUAAGUAUAGCAUCAGAAAUGAUAUCUGAUGGUGUUAUGACAUUAAUGGAAAAAGGUGUCGUUACGAAUCGUUAUAAAAAAUUUCAUCCUGGAAUAACAACAUGUACAUUUAUAUUGGGCACAAAAAAACUUUACGAUUUUGUUAAUGAUAAUCCAAAUAUAUUUGCUUUUGAUGUUGGAAUAACCAAUGAUCCAGCACGAAUUCGUCAAAAUCCAAAAAUGUGUGCUAUUAAUGCUGNCAGAAAAAUUCGUUUGAUUUUCUGUAAAAAUUUCAACCAAUCAUUUUCAUUUGUCAAACUUGAUUGA